AUUCGUUAGUCAUCUCUAUCGCAAACUAAAUAGAGUCACCUAACCGACUCAGUCAGAGAAUCUAACCUAACAUCAAAUCUCCAAGUCACAAUAAUUUAAUACAAAAAAAAGACUUUUUGAUCACACUAUUAUUGCAAGGUUUGGAAACUGGUAAUACAUUAUUAAAUUACAACUUAAGCUUUUCUUUCUCUCUAUAUGUUUGUUUCUCCACUCAUCACUCGAAUUGGAUCCAGUUCAAUCCGAAGCUUGUCAAAUUUCAGAACCAGGUGCUUGAAGCAAUUGCACAUGGCCCGCCCACCGAUCCUGGCGUUAGCAAUUCCAUCGGAUACCGGUCGUGUCCUCAGCAUUCAGUCGCAUACUGUUCAGGGAUAUGUGGGCAACAAGUCAGCAGUAUUCCCCCUCCAACUGUUGGGCUAUGAUGUGGACCCAAUCAAUUCUGUACAGUUCUCAAAUCACACAGGAUACCCAACCUUUAAGGGACAGGUUUUAAAUGGAGAACAAUUGUGGGAAUUAAUAGAAGGUCUUGAAGCCAAUGGUCUGUUAUAUUAUACUCAUCUGCUGACAGGUUAUAUUGGUUCGGUCUCCUUUUUGAACACAGUACUGAAAGUCGUUGAUAAGCUUCGAUCUGUCAACCCCAAACUUAAAUUUGUUUGUGAUCCUGUGAUGGGUGAUGAAGGUAAGCUAUAUGUUCCUCCAGAGCUGGUGACGGUAUACCGUGAAAAGGUUGUCCCUGUUGCUUCAAUGCUGACGCCUAACCAGUUUGAAGCAGAGCAGUUGACCGGGUCCAGAAUCACUUCUGAAAAAGAUGGGCAAGAAGCUUGCAACAUUCUGCAUGCUGCUGGGCCAUCAAAGGUUGUUAUCACUAGCAUAAACAUUGAUGGCACUCUUCUCCUUAUUGGCAGUCACCAGAAAGAAAAGGGUCAAUCUCCUGAGCAAUUCAAGAUUGUGAUACCGAAAAUUCCUGCGUAUUUCACGGGAACUGGAGAUUUAACGACUGCUUUGUUGCUUGGCUGGAGCAAUAAAUAUCCCGAUGACCUCGACAAAGCGGCAGAGCUUGCUGUCUCAAGUGUACAGGCACUUUUAUUGAGGACACUAGCAGAUUAUCAGAAGGUUGGCUAUGACUGCCAAUCAAGCAGUUUGGAAAUUCGGUUGAUCCAGAGCCUAGAUGACAUCCGCAACCCAGAAGUUAAAUAUAGAGCUAAAAGAUAUAACUAAGAUCUGUUGUCGUCUGGUCUACUUAUUCCUUUAGGAUAGUCUCAGUAGAAUGAAACAGUUUGAUUUGUACACUAUAAAUAGAGUGGACCAUUUAGCUCUUGUUGCUGAAGACGUUCAUAUCCCCCAUUAACUUAUAAUUAGAUGGCAACAGAUAGUACUGAGAAGAGCAUCCUGGGAAAAGAGGGUAUGGCAAUCGUUAUAUUCAUUUUGUUAUUGCCUUCCUUUCUCCUUCA